GGCGGCAGCGUUUGUGUUGGGGCCUGCUCGGGGGCCCCAUGGAGCCGCUGGCGGCGGUGCGGGAGCUGGCGGGGGAGCUGAGGGCGAUGCUGCCCCCGGACCCCCAGCGGCAUCCUCGUCCUCCUCCUCCUCCUCGUCCUCCUCCUCCUCCUCCUCGUCCUCCCCCCGGGGCCGAGGGUCCGCCCUUCUGGGCCCGCCUCGGGCAGGGGGCCCAAGCCGUGUCCCGGGAAGCCACCAAGCUGAGCCUGGCCUUCGCCAAACCGCCGCUGCCCGCUGCCCAGGAUUGCCAGCAGCUGUGUGACGGAGUGCGGACGGCAGUUCUGGACGUGGUGACGGCGUACUCCCUGCUCUCCGAGGACCAAGGAGCCACGCUGCGGAAAAUGGCGCGCGACACGACCGUGGACGUGGUGGAGGGGACGGCCCAGCUCCUGGAGGUGAUCGGCAGCGCUCCGCUCGCCAGCGGGUCACAGAAGCAGCUGGUAUCGACCGGCACCGUCUGGGAGGCCUGUGAGCAGGUGUCAAGUUUACCACGAGAUAACCGAGCAGCCGCCCUGUCGGUACUGGCCUCCAACCUGGCGGUGGUCAAGGACGCCCUUGAAGAAAUGGAGCAGGCCCAGGCGGAGGACGGAGACCCUUUCGGCCACGUUUCGGAGGACGAGGAGCCGGGCGGUUGGCGGGGCAGCGGGGACGCGAACUGGUCAGCAGCCGACCGUCGGCUCUUGGCCCCCUGCGUGGGGCUGAUGAAGGCCUCCAAAGCCUGCCUGAAGAAGGUCCGGGGAGCCGUAGAGACCGACGGGCGGGCCCAGGACCCCGAGCAGGUGGCCCAGCUGGAUGACAUCGUGGACGCUUCCAAGGAGAUCAGCCCGAGCGUGGACGAGCUGGCACUGAGCAUGUACCCGCCCGUGAACCAAAUGGCCGUGCGGCUCAACGCUGCCAAAGUCUCAUCCGUGUUAAAGAAAGUUCUCGAGGUUACCAAGGCGAGUCACGUGUGCCCCCAGGCAGAAGACAACUGGAUCCAGUUUCUCUCCAGUGCAGUCGAUCACAACAUGAACAAAAUCAAGGACUUCACCCAAGGUGCCCUCUAAACUUCCUUCCCCUCCGACCUUGCCCGCAGCCCGCUUUUUCCGCCUGCCGUCCCCCAAGUGCCCGCGUCCAUUCUCGGCUGCGACUCGGAGGGAACGGAGCCCCCGCCUUCCUGCUUGAGGAAGAAUACGGGCUGACAGUUGCCAAGGAACUAAGGGAGAUGAGGCCCGGUGCUUUUUCUGGGCUCAGAGCCGGGGCGAUUCAGCGACCGGUGGCUUGGGGAAAACUGCCUCCCUCUUCCUCGUGCGAAAUAAAGCGUCUCUCACUCCA